AUGUCGUUUGCGCGAUCGGGCUUGAUGCUCUUCGGCGUACUUGCCUUCUCCGUGCACGCUCUCACAGCGCGUCUGCCGAGGCUGUGCAGCUCUCGCCCGCUCGCCCUGGGCCUCAAUCGCAACCACCUGUACUUCAACAGGCUCCAAAAGGAGCUGGCAAACUUCAGGAAGGACCCGCCUCCCAACUGCACCCUUGAGGUCUUUGGGUCUCGCAGCGACAUCUGGAUCAUCACCUGGACGGGCCUUCCUGGCACCCUCUACGCGGGCGAGAAGUACCGCCUGAAGAUUCUAUUCCCCAAGGAGUAUCCCCUGAAGCCUCCGGUGGUCUACUUCCUGCAGCCAUCACCCGUGCACGCACAUGUGUACUCGAACGGCGACAUCUGCAUGAGCAGCCUCGGGUCGGACUACGUGCCCACGGCGUCGGUUGCGAGCUUCGUCCUCAGCAUCAUUUCGAUGCUGUCUAACGCGAAGGAGAAGCGCCUCCCGGCAGACAACCACCUGCUGUUAGUAACAAUGGCUGCGUGGACUGCUACGACGCUGUGUCAGCGGCAAGUUGCCUGCGCGCUCAAAACUUUAGCUGUAAUAUUGUUUUUUCAUCUCCACCUGGUAAAAAUCGCCGUUGCGGUCUCGGAUGCACACCAGUUCCGCCCUGGGAUCCUCACCGCCGUGAACCCGGGCAACCGGACUUCAAUCCCCAGCCUAGAGUAUUUGGGGCUCGGCUACGACGUGGUGGAGAAAGCGCACAAGGAUGCCCUGGGGAGCUACAACAACGACGGCUCCGAGUUUAAGGCGCCGAUUGUACGCCUGGUGUGGCCGGAGUCCGGUUCCAGACGCUACAACAACACGCUACGCUGGAAACUGCCUCGCAACGUGUACGCAUGGCGGGUGCCGUUCUACUCCAUCAGGGAAAACACAGCCAACAGCAAAUACACCAAGACCUUCAGCGACCAGCUAACGGCCAACUUUGAGGCCAAGUCGGGGCCAAAGCCGCCCGAUGACGGCAACACGGAUGACGAAGUCGCCACCGACGGUGAAGUCGCUGCCGAUGACGGCAACACCGACGGUGAAGUCGCUGCCGAUGACGGCAACACCGAUGACGAAGUCGUUGCCGAUGACGGCAACACCGAUGACGAAGUCGUUGCAGACGACGGGGACGAACAGCCUGCUGGGGAAGACAACGACGCACUUGCGGAACCCGAUUCCGCUGGGCACGAUGAGGUCGCUGCUGAGGAUGAAUACUACGACGACCUCUUCGCCUCGUUGUUGGACGAAGGCGCGGCGAGCGCAGAUUCACCUUACAUCGAGGACGCCGAGGACGACCCGCUGUCGCUUGACGAUGAUCCGGAAACUGCGUCUUCGGAGGAUGAAGAGAACCCGGCUUCCGAUGAAGCGUCGCUGUCCGCCAAGCUGUCAAUCGGCAACUCCGCGAGCGCCGAAAGUUCGAAAAGCCAACUUUCGAGGCAGGAAACCUGCGUCGCUUUCGUGGCGGGCGUCCUGAUAAACCGGACGACUUUCGACAUGGCCGUCAUACACCUGCUGAGAGCGCUAGGGAGGCACGAUGCGUGCACGCUCCGCCACUACGGGCACGCCCGCUGCGGCGCCGUCCGCAUGAUCUGGUUCGAUUUUUUCCGGCAGUGGGGCACUCACGCCAUCACGCGCAUCACACUAGGCGGCGAGGUGACGCUGAUCACUCAGAAGAGCCAGAGCGAGAGCAGCGGCGGCAAGCAAAACUCUGCGGCACUGUCCGCUCGUGCGAAGGCCAUAAACGCCCAUGUCGACGCUCAGCGCUCCGACGUCCAGGCCUCCAGCGCGGCCGACAACCAGAGCUCAUGUGCGAUGGACAUGCUCGGCGGCCGUCCCCAGGCGGGCCUGGACCGGGGCGAGUUAGACACGGCGUGGGCGCGCACGACGCAGUUCUCGCCGAUGCCCAUAAAGAUGGAGCUGACUCCGCUGGCGUUCGUGUUCAAACCAUUAGGGCACGAGCACCACUACUACCGAGCAUUAGCGCUGUACGCUAGAAACGGCACAGGUACGAGUUCGACAAUGUGA